GUCAGUCGCCGGUUGACUCCAAGAGAGUGUGAACGUGUAGGUUCGGAAACUAUGAUUCGAAGACACGAAUUCAAUACUUAUGGCUUCUUCCUGCUGUUGUUAAGCGGGUGCUCCUCGGCCGCGCACACCAACUUGCAGAGGGAGGACCACGCCAUUACACGACCUGUGAUCUUGGAGACUCAGCACGGAAGUCAGCGUCUGCCGGGCACUCAUCCCUCAAGUGGUCAUCCGUCAGGCGAUCAUCUGCCUCACCCUCAUCCAUCAAAUCCGCGUCCCCGACCGUAUUAUACAGGAGACGACCAACUAGGGUCUCCAUAUUACCUGGAUCCUGAGGGACGACCGGCGGCCCAGCCUCCGCACGUGGCACCAGAAGGAUCUUUCCCACAAGGGAAAGGAAUGCGAGAGCGACUUCAAGGGCCCGUGCCUCUCGCAGAAGUACCGCAGCCACAGCGGCCGAUGCAACAACCUCCACUACCCCGAUUUCGGCGCCGCUAACGAGCCUCUGCCUCGGAUUCUGCCGCCGGUGCAUCACGACGCCUUCUUCAAGACCCUAUCUGCGGCCGGGGGUCUGCUCCCCAACCCCCGCGUCGUCAGUCUGGCCGUGAGGAAGCUGCCCCAGGCCCGCCCUACGGAGCACAACGUCAUGGUCAUGCAGAUGGGCCAGUUCAUCGACCACGACUUCGUUCUCACGCCCGUGGUCACAGGCGACGACGACAAACCACUGGAAUGCAAGGAAUGCAGCUCGUGGACCAAUCCUGGAUGUGCGCCCAUUCCUAUUCCUCGCAAUGACCCUUUCCUGUCCGUCCACGACGUGAAGACUGGGAAGCUGCGGUGCCUCCCCUUCGCGAGAACCGCCGUCAGAGGUCGACCCAGCGGCUUCGGUCGUCACACGGUCGACCAGAUCAACACCAACACCGGAUUUCUGGAUUUGUCGACGGUCUACGGCACCAGCGACUGCCGCAUGAACCGCCUGCGACUGUUUGCCAACGGUCACAUGACUGAGACGCGGGUCAUGAACUUCGACAAAGGGGUUUUGCCUCUGGUUCCUGGCGACCUGUUCGAGGAUUGCCGUACGAAGCAUGGCAAGUGUUUCAUGGCAGGGGAUGACAGGAGCAACGAACACCUUGGUAUUAUGGUCUCUCACAUGCUGUAUCUUCGCGAGCAUAAUCGAAUCGCAAUGGGACUCGCCAAAAUCAACCCACACUGGGAUGACGAGAGAGUCUACCAGGUCUCCAGGCAGAUCAACAUAGCCCAGUAUCAGCACAUGGUUUACAACGAGUUUAUCCCAACACUCAUCGGUUACUGGAAAGCUAAAGAAUACGAUUUGCUUCCUCUGAAAAACGGCUACUCGAAUCGCUACGACGGCCGCGUGAAUCCGGGCGUCCUGAACGAGUUCGCCACGGCCGCCUUCCGCCUCGGCCACACCAUGAUCCCGGACGAUUUCCGGAUGCUGGACGGGGACUACAAGCCCGUCUCGUCCUUCCCCCUCGUCGAGACCUUCCACAAUACGAGUAUGGUGUUCCCGAUGGAAUCCGGCGACUACCUGGUUCGCGGGAUGGUAGGAACCAGGUUGAAACCGGUCGACCUGAAACUCGUGGACAUCGCCCUCGACAGACUCUUCGAGAAGUUAGGAGUUCCUCAUUCGGGAGAAGAUCUGUUUGCCAGGAACGUAGCUAGAAGCAGAGACCACGGCAUUGCUUCAUACACUACGUAUCGACAGUUCUGCGGUCUAGGACCUACUGCGAACUUUGACGACCUGAGAAACACCAUGCCCGACGAAGCAAUAACCAGCUUUCGGCAGGUCUACGCUAGUGUGCACGAUAUUGACCUCUAUGUCGGCGGUCUGGCAGAGAAGCUGUUGCCCGGGGCUUUAGUGGGCCCGACAUUUGCCUGCAUCAUCGCCUUCCAGUUUCUCAACAGUAAACGUGGAGAUAGAUUUUGGUACGAGAAUAAAGACGCAGGUUUCAGCUAUGUGCAGCUUCACGCCAUCCGCAGCACAGCGUCCUUCUCUAGUAUUAUGUGCGAAAAUAUGGCUGAGAAAUUCGACCACAGGAUACCACCCCAAGCGCUGCGUUUACCGUGCAACCGAAAGAACCCUCUUACACAGUGUAGCCGCCUGCACAAGCUAGACCUGAGUCUAUGGGCCGAGAAACCGACGUACCUGCCCAAACCCUGUACCUAUAUGAGCACCGUGUACCGUCCUGGUGCUCCUGUGGCCGUGUCGCCUUGCCUCGCCUGCGUCUGUCACACUGAUGGCAAGGUGAGAGAGAGAGAGAGAGAGAGAGAGAGAGAGAGAGAGAGAGAGAGAGAUGGAUCCAGAUCCACCUCCGGUGUUGGUUUCAUAGUAACCUUCCCAACUUACACAUUCAUAUACCCUAUCCCUCCUGAAUCCAGUGUCCAUACUACAGAACUGAUUCAGGACAGGUUAUUCUGCCUGUCUACAUGCCACAAAUCUAUCAGAUUUUACUGGGUACCCACUUUUGUUGGAAUCCCCAGCAAUGAACAGGCAGAUACUUUAGCACCAUCCUUUAUACCCGAUGGCAAUCUUUCUGAUCAAGUCUUCAACACUACUAAGUUGCAUACUCUAAAACUAUCAUCUCCUGUUCGACACAUUGUUCUCCUGUACAUGCUUUACUGCAGCUAUAUCUUUGCUUUUCCUCACCUAUCCUCCCUUCACAGACCUCUCAACCUGCAGGCACAAAUAAAGAUGACAUCACAGGUGAACAUAUUCCUGCUCAGCUUCACUCAUCCCUUAGCAUUUGCACCGGAACUGUUUCCGUCGACACAGCUGAUUGCCCUGUUUAUGACAAGGAUUGGAGAGACUGUAAAAACGACCUACUUGUCUGCCUUCUUGACUAUGCUGCAGUAUCACUACUAUCCUAGAGGCUGCCGAAAACCUUACACCAAUAAUGCCAAAAUUACCUUCUCCAUGAAGUUAUAUUGGUUGAGAUUCCUGCCAGACACUUAG